AUGGAAUAUUCAAAGAAAGACGAUGCUACACUGCUGACCAAACAAUCGGCCCCCUCCAUGGACAACAAAGGCCAUUCAGUUGUCCAGUAUGGAAGCUUCAAUCCAGCUUUCCUAGAACAUGAGACUGACGCUCCAGAUAAACUAUCGGCACCCGUCCCCCAAGAUCAGUCGGAAGGCACAACUUCUCUGGACAUCGUUGAUCUCUCUUAUACGAUCAAGGAACACCCUGGACACUGGUGGCAUGGGUCGUGCUUGAGGAAAUCUCGGCUGAAGACAGUCCUACACAGUCUCUACAUGACCUUCACAAAGGGAGAAAUCACAGCACUCAUCGGAAGUUCAGGAUCUGGCAAAACGUCGCUGCUAGAUGUGAUCUCUGGGCGAGCCCAAGGAGAGGUCAGCGGGUUAGUCACCUACAAGAAAGAGCUGUGUACACGAGACACCAUGAAGCAAGUAUCCAGCUAUGUUCUACAGGCUGACCGCUUGCUGCCCACGCUGACUGUCAAAGAAACCUUAACAUAUAUGGCAUAUCUCAAACUGCCGGGCCAGUUGACCUCCUCAGAGAUUGAUGCAAAGGUGCAGUCUGUGAUUGCAGACAUGGGUCUUCAACAUGUUGCUGAGUCUAGGAUCGGUGGGGCUGUGGUCAGGGGUGUGUCGGGAGGAGAGAAAAGAAGGAUUACAAUAGGCGUACAGCUGCUCAAAGACCCAGAAAUCCUGUUACUAGACGAGCCAACAUCAGGACUGGACGCUUUCACUGCUCGACAACUAGUUUCCAGUCUGGCACAAUUGGCACAUCGAGGCAAGCUGGUCAUCCUGACCAUUCAUCAGCCACGGUCGGAUAUUUUCAAUUUGUUGGACAAAGUAGCAAUUCUGACCAUUGGUCGGUUAGCUUUUAAUGGAAAACCAGAUCAUUUGGUUUCAUAUUUCACCAGCAUUGGAUAUCCGUGUCCCAGGAAUCAAAAUCCGUGUGAUGUUUACGUCGACAUAACCAGCGUGGACAGAAGGAGCCCUGGAGUCGAGAAAUCCACAAGCAAGAAGGUUCAAAAACUCUGUGACGCUUUUGCUAACUCGGAUCUGCAAACAAGUCUUGUCAAACGCCUUUCAGUUGGCCUGACAUAUCGCAAGUCUGAUGGCGCCGAGAACAAUGUUGGAAGCAAAAAUGAAAUGCCUCCAUGGACAAGAAAGAUGCAGUGUCUACUCAAGCGUAUGUACAUCCAUCUGUGGAGAGACCGCGGCGCUUUCCUUGGACGAUUUUUAAUGCUGCCUUUCUUUGUGCCGUUCAUCUUGAUUUUCCUUGGCCGUCUCAACACCGAACAAGAGAGCAUCCAGAACCGACUGGGCCUGAUAUACCAGGCCACCCAAGUGACUGCAUACGUGGGCAUGACUCACUCUAUAGCUCUGUUUCCAGUACUGAGAGAACUCUUCUACAGAGAAUAUCAAGAUGGGCUGUAUUCAACGUUUACAUUCCUUCUGGCUUAUUGUUUGCAUUGUCUCCCGUUCAACAUGGUAACCGUGACGGUGUUCUCCUCUAUAUUUUACUGGUCUGCUGGGAUGAACAACAACGAUACUCUGUCGUUUGCUGCCUUCGUGUUAGUGUGUCUGAUACUUGUGCAGUUCGGUGAAACUUUGACUGCCGGCAUCCUUGGUGUGUUCAGAAACGUGCCGCUGGCAAACAAUACAACUGCUCUGGUGUUUUCUGCAUCUGGUCUUUUGGCGUCUGGUUUAUUGAGAGCUGUUACCAACAUGCCAGAUUUCCUCGAGUGGGCUGGCUACAUUGCCAUUCACAAGUAUGCUGCAGAGAUCGUUGUAGCCAAUGAGUUUCACAACCUCAACUUCACCUGCUCUCAUCAUUCGCAACAAGAGACACAGUGCCUGACUACAGGAGAUCAAUAUUUAAAACUGUUUUACCGUGAUGCCCUUGAUAACAUGAGUCGCAAUUUCGGUAUACUUGCUGGAUAUUCUGUAGGUGGUUUUGUUCUGUCUGUCUUGCUGUUCAAAGCACGUGGACUGCCCACGCUUCAUUAG